CUGGUCGCCAACUAUAUGAGAAUCUGGAAACUAUUAUCAAUCUGAAUCAAAAGAAUUAGACUUGGAAGCAGAAGCAGAAUUAAAAGAGAGGGAGGAGCACGGAGGAGCCAGUGAUUCGGUGAUUGAUGCAGUCGAACAGGAUCGAUCUCCGGUUGGCGAAGAUGGAUAGAUUUCCGUCGGGAAGAAGAUGAAGAAACGGAUACAGAGUUCGUCUAGAGAGAGAGAGAGAGAAAGGAACGCAGAGUGCUGAGAGAGAGACACGUGUCCAAUAGCACCGCUUCUUCAUGGACUUAAUUAAGCAUCGACUCUUCUUUAUUUAUGGGAUUUUUUUAAAAAAAAAAUCUAAAAAAUAUUAAGCACUUCUCUAAGUACUCCCGUUAAUGGUGCUCUUAAAAGCUUGUUCAUUAUCAUAAAGUCAAAAAGACCAGCUCAUAAUAACAAACAAUAAAUAAAUAAACAUGGCGUUAAAAAAUUAAAAACUUGUAACAAUAAUAUCGUGAUUAAUACUAAAAGCAUGAUUAAAAGUUAAGAGACAGUUUUUAAGAACUCUCAAUUAAUUAUUAAUUGCUCUAAAGCUGAGGCCCAAUUUCGUACUUACAAUGAACCAAAGCCGCCUCCUCAACACAUGACGUCACGUUGCACAAAUAGUAUUUAUACUUAGCUUCGACUCCAAAUCCAAAACCCUUGCUAAUUCUCUUCGUCUUACUUCUCUUUCGCUCUAAAUUUUGAGAAUCAAAAUCUCCAUUGAUCAGCGAGCAAGCAUGUCUCUUAAACCUAGCGCGAGGACGGAGGUUCGAAGGAAUAUGUACAAGGUAUCUGUGGAUGCCGAUGAAGGUCGAAGGAGGAGGGAGGGUGACAUGGUGGAGAUCCGGAAGAACAAGAGAGAGGAGAACUUGCAGAAGAAGCGACGUGAAGGCCUAACUGCUCCCAUUGCGCAGCAGGGGCACGAUUUAUACUCCUACGAGAGAUUGGAAAAGAUAACACAGUUGGCUGCUGGAGCUACUUCAGAGGAUAGAAGUUUGCAACUGGAGGCAACUAUUGGCAUCCGAAAAUUACUCUCAGUUGAGCGUAAUCCACCCAUCAACGAAGUUAUUCAAUCUGGUGUUGUUCCUCGCCUUGUCCAAUUUCUUUCUGUCGACUUCUUCGAACUUCAGUUUGAGGCAGCUUGGGCGCUCACGAAUAUUGCUUCAGGGACAUCAGACAACACCAAGGUCAUUAUUGAUAGUGGCGCUAUCCCCGAUUUCGUCAGACUUUUCGCUUCAAAAAGCGACGAAGUCCGAGAACAGUCUGUCUGGGCAGUGGGAAACGUCGCUGGUGACUCACCAAAAUGCCGUGAUUUUGUCCUAAGCUGCGAGGCCAUGAUGCCUCUUUUGGCUCAGUUCAACGAGCACACAAAGCCCUCCAUGCUGAGAAACGCUGCAUGGACCUUAUCAAACUUCUGUAGAGGGAAGCCUGCGCCUGCACUUAAGCAGACAAAACCAGCUUUACCAGUUCUUGAGCGCCUUUUGCAUUCAAACGACGACGAAGUUCUCACAGAUGCAUGCUGGACUCUCUCUUAUCUCUCAGACGGUACCAACGAUAGAAUACAAACUGUUAUCAAUGCUGGUGUCAUCCCUAGCCUCGUUUCACUCCUAGCUCAUCAUUUGCCAUCAGUUCUGAUUCCAGCCAUCCGUGCAAUUGGUAAUAUUGUAACCGGAGAUGAUAUGAUGACUCAGGAGGUUCUUAACCAUCAAGCGCUUCCUCAUCUCUUGUCCAUUUUGACACGUACAUACAAGAGGAGCAUCAAAAAGGAAGCUUGCUGGGCUAUCUCUAACAUUACAGCUGGAAACACUAGUCAGAUACAACAAGUGAUUGAAGCCGGCAUUAUUCAGCCUCUUAUUUACAUGCUUCAUACCGCGGAAUUCGAAAUUAAAAGAGAAGCUGUUUGGGCAGUCAGUAAUUUAACUUCUGGUGGCAAUCAUGACCAAAUCAAGUUUCUUGUGGACCAAGGAUGCAUUAAACCGCUCUGUGAUCUCCUCACAUGUCCCGAUCCGUUGACCGUCACAGUGAUCUUAGAAGCUCUAGAGAACAUUCUUAAAGUAGGUGAAGCCGAGAUGAAUCAAGGCAACACCGGAGGCUUUAACAUUUACGUGCAGAUGAUUGACGACGCUGAAGGUUUGGAGAAGAUUGAGAAUCUUCAGAGACACAACAAUAAUGAAAUUUACGAGAAAGCUGUUCAAAUCCUCUCUUCCUAUUGGACCGAUGAAGACGGCAAUGAACAUGACAACGGUUUCGCAUUUGGAAACCAAAGUGGCAAUGCUUCUACAGGUGGAUUCAACUUUGGUUGAAGGUCUAAUCAUAUAUUGCCUUGUUCGUCAAGCAACCUGUUUUUUUCUUUAUGUUUAAGCUUGGCAGAAAAUUUUGAUAGAAGGUUGUUUUUGUAAAUUUUAAUAGUUCAACAUUGAUUUUGCUUUUGUUUAGUAAUUUGAGGUUUUUUGUGCAAAUUCAAAAUUAUUUAUGCUUCAGACAA